AUGAGAGAAAUCAUUUGCCUCCAGAUCGGGCAAUGUGGAAAUCAAGUUGGAGAAAAGUUUUGGGAUAUUAUUGGACAAGAACAUGGAUUAUCUCCAGAUGGUAUAUUUAAUGGAAAUAAAUUACAACAACAAAGACUAAACGUUUAUUUUAGUGAGAGUUCUACUAAAAGAUAUGUCCCAAGAUCAAUCAAUGUCGAUUUAGAACCAGGUACUCUUGACACUAUUAGGUCUGGUAAAAUGGGACAUUUCUUUAAACCAGACUCAUUUAUUUUUGGUCAUGGUGGGGCUGGAAAUAAUUGGGCUAAAGGUCAUUAUACUGAAGGAACUGAAAUUUGUGAAACUAUUAUGGAAAGUGUGAGAAAAGAAGCAGAGGCUUGUGAAUGUCUUCAAGGAUUCCAAGUUACUCAUUCACUUGGAGGAGGAACAGGAUCUGGUCUUGGAACGUUAUUAUUAAGUAAAUUAAAAGAUGAAUUUUUUGAAAAGGUUAUUUCAACCUUCUCAGUAGUUCCAUCACCAAUUGUUAGUGAAACUGUUGUAGAGCCAUAUAAUUGUACAUUGUCAGUUCACAAAUUACUUGAAUCUUCUGGAGUCACUUUUUGUUUUGACAAUGAGGCCUUAUUUAAAAUUGCUUCAGACAUUAUGAAAGAACCAAAACCAUCAUAUGAAUCAUUAAAUUCUUUAAUAUCUUCAGUUAUGUCUGGAAUUACUUGUUCAUUGAGAUUCCCAGGUCAAUUAAAUCAAGACUUAAAGAAAUUAACUGUUAAUAUGAUUCCAUAUCCAAGAUUACACUUUUUCUCAUCAUCUAUUGCUCCAGUUUCAAGUGCCCUUUCAAUGCAAUAUGAAAGCUUAAGUGUACAAGAAAUUAUUCAACAAUUGUUUGAUAGAAAGAAUAUGAUGGUGGAUCUAGAUCCAGCUAGUGGAAAAUAUUUAACUGCAUCAUGUAUUAUGAGAGGAAAAGUAUCAACUCAUGACGUAGAAGAACAAUUAUACAAAAUAAGAGAAAAGAAUCCUGACGCUUUUGUUCCAUGGAUUCCAAAUAACAUGCAAUUAGCUGUUUGUGAUAUUCCAUCAAAAGGAUUAAAUUUGUCAGGAACAUUUAUCGGAAAUUCUACUUCUAUUAUGGAUUUAUUCCAAAGAGUAAAUUCUCAAUUUUUGUCUAUGUUCAAGAGAAAAGCUUUCUUACAUUUAUACACAGAAGAAGGUAUGGAAGAGAGUGAGUUUAGUGAAGCUACUGCUGAUCUUAUGGAUCUCGUUAAUGAAUAUCAUCAAUACGAUAAAGCAUCACCAGAGGUCGAUGAUGAACAACCAGAUCAAGAGGGUGAAUUAUUAACUGAAGUCCAUGAAGAUUCUUUAGCACAUUCUCCGACAAAUCAAGUCUAA